AUGGAUUGCGCAGCCUGUUGCAAGCUUAUUGUAUCUGAAGAAGCAUUUCUACAAUGCAUGGUCCGCACGUGUCAGAAAACAUACCACGAGCUUUGUACAGGUAUCUUAGAUCCAGCUUCUGUGAAUACCGAGGCAUGGAUCUGUCCUGAAUGUGCAUGUAUGUCAAAGAGAGGUGGUGACAACAGCCUUACACCCGUAGGCGCUAGUAGACAGCGCAGCUCUGCCGCCGAUAGUAAUAAUAUUACGUAUAGGAAAAAGGCGAUUAUUCUGGCUUCUAACGAGGACAAGCAAGAAAUAAAAAAUACUGAAGUCCUUCGUCUGGAAAUAAAACAGCUUCGCGAAGAGAUCAUUGGUUUAAAAAACCAACUUAAUCAAGCAAUGUCGUUGCUGACUACAUUUCACGGAAAGUGUGAUAAUUACUUUUCGCACUUUGAAACUCUUAUUGACAGUUGUAUCCAGUCUAAAAUGCGUGACAUGGUAAAUAGCAAAGACGAACUGGCAACAUCUAAAAAAGGAGAGACUGUUACUACACAUAACGAGGCCCCGCAACCCGCCAAGAUAACUGCGCCGACUGUUAAUGUUUGCACUGAACCCGCGUGUAUCGCGAAGCUAUCCGCAACCUGCCAGACAAUGUCCCUCUCGAUUAUCCGUUGCAACACCUUCGAUGGUAAA